AUGCAAGCGAUUAAGUGCGUUGUGGUUGGAGAUGGAGCGGUAGGGAAAACCUGCCUACUCAUCAGCUAUACUUCCAACGCUUUUCCCGGCGAGUAUAUUCCGACUGUUUUUGACAAUUAUUCAGCCAACGUUAUGGUGGAUAAAAAGCCUAUUAAUUUGGCCCUGUGGGAUACAGCGGGGCAAGAAGAUUAUGACAGAUUGCGACCCCUGUCGUAUCCGCAGACGGAUGUUUUCUUGAUCUGCUUUUCCGUGGUUAGUCCAGCGUCUUUUGAGAACGUGCGGGCAAAAUGGGUGCCUGAAGUAAGACACCAUUGUCCCAAAACUCCGGUUAUUCUCGUCGGAACUAAACUGGAUCUCCGUGACGACAGAGAGACCUUGGAAAAGCUAAAAGGGCACAAAAUGGCUCCCAUCACCUACCCCCAGGGACUGGCUCUUGCCAAGGAGAUCAAUGCUAUCCGCUACCUGGAAUGCUCCGCUCUCACCCAAACCGGUUUGAAAGCCGUCUUUGAUGAGGCAAUUAGGGCAGUUCUGAUUCCACAUACCAAGCUCAACAAACGCACCUGCAGUAUUGUCUGA